AUGGCCAUGCACACGCUCGUGGACCGCCGAUGUGACGACUUCCUGGACGGGGUUUGCCUGGACAAUCUUUUGAAGAAGCCGACAGAGAGCGAUCAAGACCCGUUGAUACUCGAUCCCGAGAUUGACCAGAAGAAGCUCGAGCUCGUCUACAGCCAGAUUGCCGACUAUGUCGUGCAGCUCUCCCGGCUGGGGUUUCCGAGCAUCGGCGCAAUAUCUAAGGACUUGGGCAGCGAAUUCUUCAGGCAGCGAGCUGACGAGUUGUGGACGCAUCUCUGCACCCAACGAAACAUCUGCGAAACCAAGGAAGACGCCCGUCAAAGGUUUAUCGCCCGGCGCCGCCUCGCACAGUUGAUUCCGAAGUACUGCAUCGACUGCGACCUCUCUUUCAGGCUCUUCAGCGACGACAUAGGCCCUUUCAACAUGCUCGCCGACCCUAAGACGCUCCAGAUCACCGCCGUACUCGACUUCGAAUUCACCAACGCCAUGCCGGCCCAGUACCUGCAUGAUGUGCCCUCGUGGCUGCUGUUGGCGUCGCCGCACUGCUGGCUCGAGCGCGAUGAUAAGAUUAGCUUCGAGAAGCUCUUCGUGCCUCAGAUAGCGCGGGUAAUGCAGCGAUGGAGUUGGCGAUAG